UUUCCUUGGGACUCCUCUCAGGACACAUAUAUAGGACAGAGGCAACAUAUAAAAUAGACUUAGCACCACCCUGCAUCAUACAAGCAAUUUAAGGAGAGUCCCUUAUAAAGCAGUCACAGUGUAAAGGAACAUCUUUUAAAUCAACAUAAAUCACUAGAUUUAUACAUAUACACUGGUUAGCUUAGAGUGUAGCACAUUCACACAUUUCUGAAUGCUACUAUAUAAUUAUGUAUUUAUAUUAACAUGAAACUGAAAGUAUAUUCUAUGCAUACAUUUAACACACACCACUAAUUUGAGAGGACUGAUCAUUACCUAUUAAUUGAUACAAAAAAACCUAUAAAAUUCAUACACACAUAUUUGGAUCCCCAGGACAAGCCAUUGAAGAUGACUCACAAUCAAUGCAAUGUGAAUGGUUUUGUGGAAUCCAAUUCCAAGGGGUGUCUCAGUGACACAGUUUCAAACCUAGAACCAGAAGUGAUCCAGAGACUUGUGAACAAGAGCCAGGAAGCAAAAACCUACGCUCAUUGCCCCUACAGCAACUUUAGAGUGGGAGCUGCACUACUGGCAAGUGAUGGAAAAAUAUAUCUGGGCUGCAAUGUAGAGAACGCGUGUUACACGCUGGGAAACUGCGCAGAGCGCACCGCCAUCCAGAAGGCUGUGUCUGAGGGUAACAAGCAGUUCCUAGCAAUUGCUAUUGCCAGUGAUGUGGAGGACGAGUUUAUUACUCCAUGUGGUGCCUGCAGACAAGUUAUGAGAGAGUUUGGAUCUAAUUGGGACGUUUUCCUUACAAAGCCGAAUGGGACAUUUAUCACAACAACUCUACAUCAGCUGCUGCCAAUGUCCUUUGGACCAGAGAAUCUAAAGUAGAUGUGAAAAAGAGGAAUAAAAGUCCAUAUAUUGUAUUAUUUAUUUUAUGCAGAAACAUGAAUUAUGAUUUUACCCUUUGCUGUAAAAGGUUUAAAAAAAAAGUUGUCAGUAAUAUGUACAAAUUCCUUAAUACUAAAAUACAUGUCAUGGUCAUGUGA